AUGGAUCCAGUGUGCAACCAGGCAGCAGUAUGGAACCGGCCUGUGGUGUGGAAACGACCAGGGGUGUGGAACCGUCCAGAGGUGUGGAACCCGCCAGGGUGUGUGGAACCGUCCAGAGGUGUGGAACCCGCCAGGGGUGUGGAACCGUCCAGAGGUGUGGAACCCGCCAGUGUUGACAGUCUGAAGGUUCUGUAUCAGAGCUGUGACUACAUCAUAGUGGAUAAGCACUGGGACAUCCGCAUCGACAGCAAGAUGUGGUUCUGUCACCAACUGGACUACUCCACCAGUGGGGUUCUGUGUGUGGCUCUGAACAAGGCUGCUGCUGGCCGGGUCUACCACUGUUUUAAAGACCGCAGAGCUACCAAGGUUUACCUAGCACUGGUGAGAGGCUGGGUAGAGGAGGAGUAGAGGAGGAGUAGAUGACUGUAGAUGUGAUGUGUUUCCUCCAGGUGAGAAGCUGGGUAGAGGAGGAGAAGAUGACUAUAGAUGUGUGUCCUCCAGGUGAGAAGCUGGGUAGAGGAGGAGAAGAUGACUAUAGAUGUGUUUCCUCCAGGUGAGAAGCUGGGUAGAGGAGGAGAAGAUGACUAUAGAUGUGUGUCCUCCAGGUGAGAAGCUGGG